CCUCAGCUCCACGCUAGCUUGUUUCGCCAACACCUCCUAUCGUCUGCAUUUAAGCGUCGUGAUCGCAACUUGCAACAUCCUCAUCCUACCAUCAGCAUGGCAUCUACCCUCUCCACGACCACACAACCGCCCGGAAGCCAACCCUUGUGCGAGAGCCUGAAUACCACACUAGAGCUGUGUGAUCUUGCUCGCCAGGUCGCGUUGCAUCUAGAAACUCCGUCAUCCCUCGAAAGGAUAACCAGAGAAGGAGAGGAGGUGUUCAGGAUUAAGUGGAUGAAACAAUUCGAGGAUCUGGCUAAUGAGGUCAUAAAAACUGCAGCGCCUAAAGUGCAAGAGAGAGCCGCAAUUGCUGGAGUAAAGAUAAGAGCGCGGAAGCAGAGAGACGCUACGGGGGGGGUUCUUUUGGUAAACGCAGCUAUGCUCUCGUCGAGACAAGACGAAUACCACAUUCUUCUACCGCUUCCGAUUUCCGAGCAGGCACACAACAGGGUCAUCCACCGUAUCCAGGAACUUCUUCCGACGCUCAAGCCGUAUGCAUAUACGCCGGAGAAUAUAAAGCUUUGCCUUCAGAGUGAAGCGGAUAGGGAGAAAAGGGAAGAGUUAGCGUUCGUGCCGGAUCGCAUCUAUGUCAAUUUCGAGGCUGUCCGCUACGGAACAAGGCCACCGCUGCGGCCAUUCCUCAUGAUACCGGUUUUCAUUGUCCGAGCGACGGAGGAGCAACACGGUGCCUAAGGGAUGUUGGUGCCGAACAUGUGGUUAUAAUACUCCAGUGUUAGUCCGUCCUCCGAGAAGUCGACGUAUGCGGAGGGUAGUU